GCCCCCCCCCCCCCCUUACCGCCAACCCUCCACCCACCCCUGUGUUAAUGAAUGGAUGCUACGGCUAACGGACCGCCGCCGCCGCCGCCGUCGAGGCUGGAUUUCUAUUCCUGACUUGAUUGCUUUCUUCUUCCUAUGCUCUCCCAUUUUGGCCUGUUUUUGUUAUUUCCCUCCCCGCCCUUUGUUGGCGUUUGUCAGGGGUGGAGAGGAGAAAAAAAAAAGAAGGGCGACGGGGGUGUCUGCGCGCGUGUGUGGCGGGCGCUCGACGGGGAUAAAGAUGGAGGUGAACGUGGCGUCCCCGCCGCUCGGCGUACUACCGUUGGGCUGAAUGCAGGAGCUUUGAUUCGGAUGCGCUUUGGGGGGAUUUUUUCGGAGGGGGGUGCGCUUUUCCGGAUGAUGCUGAGCUAUUGUCGGGCCUGGAUGGGAAAGGAACGGUCCUGAAAAAACGACACCCUCAGCCCACCUCCACCCUUUUCUCUUUUUAUUAUCUUUACCCUAUUUUACCUCCCACCUUCCCUCUGCAUCACCCCCCCCCCCCCCACCAACACCCCCUGCAUCGGAGCGUAAUGUGCCUCCCCACGCAUGCAAAUAGUGGCCGGGUGAUGCCUCCCGGGAGGGAGCCCGCCGCGAGCCGCCGCCGCCGCCGCCACCACCGCCACCGCGCUGCCGUUCGUCAAUGAGACGCACGCCGCUUCUUCCUGCCAUGGCCGCUGUGGCAUCGCUCUAGCGGGACGCUCGGUACCCCAUGCGGGGGAGGCGCUGAGCCCCUGAGGUUGGUCCACCUCCCCCCUGGCCCCACUUCUACACCCAAACCCCCCUCCUCCCUCCCACUGCCCACCCAAACAACAACAAAAAACACAAAAAAAAGGGGGUCACGAUGAAGAAGAACCGCAACGUGCGGCGGGCCUGGGCCGGCUCGGAGAAAGACGUCCGUGUGCAGAAGCAGCACCUUCCUCCUCCUCCUCCCCCCCAUUUCUCGCCGUCCCCGCCGAGUUUUCGGGCGUCAGGUGACGUGUCGCCCAUCAGCAUGUCGCCCAUCAGCCAGUCCCAGUUCAUCCCGCUGGGCGAGAUCCUGUGUCUGGCCAUCUCGGCCAUGAACGCCGCGCACAAGCCCGUCAGCCAGGAGGCUCUGGCGGAGCACCUCGCCGCCAGCUUCCCAGGCGUGCCGACACCCAGCUUGGAGGUUCUGCGACACACCCUGAACAUGCUGGUGCGAGAAAGGAAGAUCUACCCGACUCCAGAGGGCUACUUCAUCGUCACGCCCCAGACCUACUUCAUCACGCCGUCCCUCAUCCGAAGCAACAACAAGUGGUACCACCUGGACGACCGGCUGCAGGAGCGGCAAGCGCACCCGCCGCAACCGCCGCCUCAGCGGUGUACCUCGCCCAAAUCGGGUAACGUCACGCCGUCCACGCCCGGUUGCCUGUCGGAGUGGCCCCCCCGCAAGAAUCACAACGACGCGUAUAGGCUUCAGAGUAAGACACCAAAGGAGCAGCGGAAGUCCGAAGCCCAAACGAGUAAGACCCCGAGGGACCGCUGCGGCGGCGGCGAACCCCCGGCGAGCAAGGAGCACCGCGGAGAACCGCCGUCCUACCCCCACCCGCCUCCUCUCACAUCCCCCCCUGUCCAGCGAGCGUCCCAAGAUCCGGCAGACAAGAGCAAAAGCCUCCCAUCGUUCCCUUACAAAACGGACACCCUGACCAAAAAGAAAGAGGGCGGAGCCAGCGGCGAGAAACAAUCCAAGCGCUUCGGUCUGCGCCUCUUCCGGCUGAGCUUCAAGAAGGACAAGAUGAGGCAGCUGGCCACCUUCUCGGCGCAGUUCCCGCCGGAGGAGUGGCCGCUGCGCGAUGAGGACGCGCCCGCCGCGCCCAUGCCCCGCGAGAUCGAGAUGGAGAUCAUCCGGCGGAUCAAUCCCGACCUGACGGUGGAGAACGUGGCCCGCCACGCCGCCGCCAUGAAGCGGCUGGAGGAGGAACGCGCGCAGAGACGCAAGACGGGCUCGUCGGCGCAGCACGGCGCCCGCGGCCGACGGGGCCGCGGCCACCGGCGGGCCCCGCACGGUAAGUCUCGCUCGCACAGCAAGCCGCGGACCUCCCGGGGGGAACCGUCAGAGGGUUCGAACUGGGAUCUUCUUUUCACGGAAAGGGAUUACCGUUUCUUCAGCCACUCGCUGGUGCGCUCCCCUCGGGAGGCCGCGUACACCCUGGAGCGCCGGCGGAGCGGCGGCGCCACGUACCUCGUCCACAGCAACCCCAACAUCGCCGAGUCGUACUGCCCCGUCACGCCCGAGUGGGACGUGUCCGGCGAGCUGGCCAAGAGGCGGACGGAGAUGCCCUUUCCCGAGCCCUCGCGGGGCACCUGCCAGUCCAGGGUGCAGAGGAGUCACAGUCACAAUCAGGACCGCAAGUCGCGCCACGACCGCUCGGAGCGGGCGAAGGAACGAUCGCGCUCCAUGGACAACUCCCUCAAAGGCCCCUCGCUCUGCCCGCCGGAAGACUUUGAGGCCGGACCGGACGAGCGCGCCCACUACUAUACCGACGACGGCACCCUGCGCGCCACCCACAAGUCGGGCCGCUACUCCAGGGUCGCUUUCUCUGCCGCCAAGUUCCACUCCGAUUUCAACGUGCCCGAUUUGGGGAAGGGUAGCGCGGACGAGUUGCGGCUCCGCGGGACGGCGGAAAGGAACCAGAGCGGGGACGGCCCGCCGACGUACAACGAGCUCAUGGGACUUUCGCCCAAGCCCUCCACGGACGAGUACUUCCAGUGUAAUACGUCAAACGAAACCAUCCUAACUGCCCCCUCGCCUCAGGCAAAAUCAGAAUAUGACACGUUAACCUCAUCGGGAGGACGCCGAAAGGGCUCUCCGGCCGACCGCCAAACGCCUCGCCUCACCUCUCCGCACAAGAUGGAGUACAAGGAGGACUCGGCGGCGGCAAAGGGACAAAACGCCGGCGGCGGCGGCGGCUCGGUGCGACUGACGCCCAGCCAGACCCCGGAGCCGGCGCAGAGUGCCCGCCUGACGCCGCACCAGCACAACGUGGAUCCCGGAGGGGGCGGCGGUGGCGGCGGAAGCGUGUCCAUCAAGAGGAAGGAGAUCUUCAGCAAGGACACCUUGUUCAAACCCCCACACAACGCCUUGUCCGCAAGCUACGCCGACAGCUACGCCAAGUCCGGCACGCUGCGGAAAGCCUCGAACGGCAAAUCCACAGAGGCCCUCGACAAUCCCGAGUCCCAGCAGCCUUCCAAUUCGGCCUCGGCUUCGCCCGCGCUGCUCCAGGGCUGCUUAGAGCCCGCCAUCGUCCCAUCCGCCUCCUUCGACUACUACAACGUCUCAGACGACGAGGAUGACGAGGAGGCGGAGGGGGACUCGCGCAAGGACUUGGUCGCAGCGGAGGACGGCGAGGACCGUCGAGAGGCUGGUGGCAACGGCGGGGGCACCGACGGCGGAGGCGCCGUCGUGGGCGGCGGCGGCGGGGAGGGAACCAUCAAGUGGUUACUGCGGCGGGAGAAGGAGCACGAUCUGCAGCGCAAACUGGAGACCAAUCUCACCUUGCUCAGCCCUAAGGAGACGGAGAACGCCGGCAGCCAGAAGUCAGCUCACUCGGCUCGCUUGGACAGCAUGGACAGUAGCAGUGUCACGGUGGACAGUGGCUUCAACUCACCGAGGACGCGCGAGAGCCUGGCGUCCAACACGUCCAGCAUCGUGGAGAGCAACAGGCGGCAGAAUCCGGCGCUGAGCCCCGGGCACCACGUUGGGCCGGGGGGCGCGGGGCUGCCCUUCAGCUUCCGCGCCAUCCCCGAGCCGCCCGCCGCGCCGCCACCCGACAAACUCCAGAAGCCCGCCAACUGCCUGGCCUCCAUCACCAGCGUGUAGACGCCGCCUCAAGUCAGCCAGUGCCCCCCCCCCCCUUCUUUGACCACUUUAGUUUUGCUUUUCUUUCGUUCGCUUCUGCUGUCACACACAUUCACACACCUUGGGACUCCCGGGAGUCUCACUGGGACUGUUACAAACAAAAACAAAACAGGCAUGGCUUCGAGAGACUGUUCCUCCAGCUUCAACGGGAACCUGACUGCAAAAAGUCAAAUCAUAAUAAUAUGGAAAGGCCAGAAAACUUCACCGAAGACUUUUUUGGGGGGGGUGACUUAUAACGGAGAUUUACCGGUAUUGGAAAGUAGUAGAGUAUAGGAAUACAAGUACCGUUCGGAAGCUUUUUCUAUCACCUCAUGUCCAAUUCAGUGUUCUUCUUCCCGAACGAAGGCUCGCCGGAUCAGCACAAUGAGGAGAUCGCCACAAGAAGAAUUACGAAAAGGAGGGAAAAUGGAAAAAUUAUAACGAGAUUAAGUCCGCUCGCAAUUGUGUGGCGCAAUGCAAACGAUGUAAUGUAUACUCCAUACUUUUGAUAUUCUAAUUAUUAUAAUGGUGGUAUUAAAGAUGCUAUGUGACCAAAAAAAAAAAAAAAAAAAAAGCAGGUUUGGACAAAAUGGCCUCCAUCCUUACACUUGAUAUUUUGUUCGUUAGCAGAAGAACUGUUUUGAAGUAGCCCGGCUCCUUUUGCAAAAAAAAAAAAAAAAUACUCGCAACUGGGACACAAUCGAGUUCGCUGCGACCCGAAUGAGUUUAACUUGUAUAGAAAAUGAAUGCUCGAGGUCUCGGGUGAUGUCAGGCGAACUCGCCGGCUUAUAUUAAAAAAAAAAAUGGUUUCAUCAAAUAUUUUUGUACUUAGGAAUAAUGUAUGCAUAAAGUAUGUUACUGUCUUUUAGAUAAUCUCUUGUUUUGUGCUUGAAUGGGAGG